CAGUGUCAAUCAUCUUCUUCUUCGUCAGCCUCCCUUCCACCGCCAUAUUGGGCAACUAAAAAAGGAGGGGGGCUCGUGCUUUUGGGGUGUUUUUCCCCCCUCAUCCCUUGUCCCGACUCACUCGCGGCUCCGAGACUCGCGCGGCGGCAAGAGAGGCGAGGCGGUGGUCCACACCCGCCCGGGGAGGAAGAUGUCAAACGUAAGAGUGUCUAACGGGAGCCCGAGCCUGGAGCGGAUGGACGCCAGACAAGCGGAGCACCCCAAGCCUUCCGCCUGCAGAAACCUCUUCGGCCCGGUCAAUCAUGAAGAACUAACCCGGGACUUGGAGAAGCACUGCCGGGAUAUGGAAGAAGCGAGUCAGCGCAAGUGGAAUUUCGACUUUCAGAAUCAUAAGCCCCUGGAGGGCAGAUACGAGUGGCAGGAGGUGGAGAGGGGCAGCUUGCCCGAGUUCUACUACAGGCCCCCGCGCCCCCCCAAGAGCGCCUGCAAGGUGCUGGCGCAGGAGAGCCAGGAUGUCAGCGGGAGCCGCCAGGCGGUGCCUUUAAUUGGGUCUCAGGCAAACUCUGAGGACCGGCAUUUGGUGGACCAAAUGCCUGACUCGUCAGACAAUCCGGCUGGGUUAGCGGAGCAGUGUCCAGGGAUGAGGAAGCGACCUGCUGCAGAAGAUUCUUCUUCGCAAAACAAAAGGGCCAACAGAACAGAAGAAAAUGUUUCAGACGGUUCCCCGAACGCUGGCACUGUGGAGCAGACGCCCAAGAAGCCAGGCCUUCGACGCCAGACGUAAACAGCUCGGAAUUAAGAAUAUUUCCUUGUUUAUUAGAUACAUCACUGCUUUAUGAAGCAAGGAAGAUAUACAUGAAAAAAUUUAAAUACAUAUCGCUGACUCCAUUGAAUGGACAUCCUGUAUAAGCACUGAGAAAGCAAAAACAAUAACACUAAAAAUUUUAGGCACUCUUAAACCAUCUGCCUCUAAAAGCAUUGGAUGUAGCAUUGCGCAAUUAGGUUGUUCCUUAUUUGCUUCAUUGUACUACCUGUGUAUAUAGUUUUUAUCUUUUACUCUGUAGCACAUAAACAUUAGGGAUGGGAGGGCAGGGUGGGGCUGAGG